CCGGGGCUGCUGCGGGGUGCAGGGGGGCCCUGGGUGCAGGGGGCACCCCGGGUGCGCAGGGGGGCACUGGGAGCCUGGGGUAGCAGCGGGUGCAGGGAUGCCGGGGGUGCCCGGGGUGCACAGGAGGACCGGGGCUGCUGCAGGCUGCAGGGGUGCCCUGGGGUGCAGGAGGGCACUGGGGGUACCGGGGAUGCCCUGGGGGUGCACCGGGAGCCUGGGGGUACCAGGGAUGCCCUGGGGCGCAGGGGUGCACCGGGGGUACCAGGGAUGCUCUGAGGGUGCUGGGGUGCACCGGGGGUACCAGGGAUGCCCUGGGGUGCAGGGGGCUGCCAGGGGCACGGGGAUGCCCGGGGGGGUCCCCGGAUGCGUGGGGCAGCCGGUGUGCACCGCAUCUCCGCUGCACGGGCACGGGGCCUCGCGGGGGGGGGGGGGGGUCUGCUGCGGGCUGUGCCGAGCCGCACCGUGGAAGACUCUGGAAGUCGUGUAUAUGUGUGUGUGCAUAUGUGUGUGUGUGUAUUUGUGUGUGUGUGCGUGUAUUUGUGUGUGUGUGCGUGUAUUUGUGCGUGUGCACGGCGCGGGCACCGCUCCCCCCCGCCUCGCCACUCCCCCCCCCCCCGCCACGGAAGGGCUGCGGGAGCGGGGGUUUCGCAUGGCAACGGCGCAGCGCUGCCUUGAAGCGACGCCGUGGGCAGCGCAAGGCAGCGCCGCACCGGCCCCUCCGAGCGCUGCUGCGGGGCCAGGAGCCGGGAGGCUGCCGGGGCCGGGGCCGGUGCUGCCGGGAGGCUGCCGGGGCCGGGGCCGCUUCUGCACGCUCAGCUUUGCUUUUGCUUUGGCGGGGGCGGGGGCCGCUCCGCUCCGCCCGGGCAGGAAUGGCCCUGCCGCGGAGCCACCGGCUGACCCUGCUGCGCCUCGCCGUGCUCCUCAUCGUCGCCCUGGCCGGCAUCAAGUUCCUCCUGCGCGAGAGCUUCCCCCCGGAGCCGCCCCGUGCAGCCGGCCGGGACGAUGGUUUCUGGGGGCCGGCGGGGGCCGGUGAUGAGCCCCGGAGCCGGGCCGUGGAGCCGCCGGCAGUGCAGGCGACGGGCACGAGGCUCCCGCCCGGGCAGCGGCUCCCCGAGGCCCCCAGCGGUGCCCAGCUGAGGCUCGUGCACCUGGACCUCAAGGGCGCUGCGCCCCGCGUCUCCUACCUGGAGCAGGUCUUCCCGCUGCUGGCGCGGCUGGGUGCCGACGGUGUCCUGGUGGAGUACGAGGACAUGUUCCCCUUCGAGGGGGAGCUGGAGACCCUCCGGUCCCCGUACGCCUACAGCCAGGAGGACGUGGAGCGGAUCCAGCGGCUGGCGGAGCUCAACAAGCUGGAGGUGGUUCCCCUGGUGCAGACCUUCGGGCACGCCGAGUUCAUCCUCAAGCACGAGAAGUACCAGCACCUGCGGGAGGUGGAGCGCUUCCCCAACAGCUUCAACCCGCACGCGCCCGGCACCCUGGCACUGCUCAAGAGCGUCCUGGCGCAGGUCAUGGAGAAGCACCGCCGCUCCGCGUGGAUCCACAUCGGCGCCGACGAGGUCUUCCACCUGGGCGAGGGGACGGACUCCAAGCGGUGGCUGAGCGGCGGCCGGGGCGACCUGGGCACCCUGUACCUGCAGCACGUCAAGGAGGUGGCGAGCUUCGUGGGCGCCCGGCCCGGGGGGCGGCGGGCGCUGGUGUGGGACGACAUGCUGAGGAGGAUCGGCGCGGGGGCUCUGCGAGCGUCGGGGAUAGCGCGGCACGUCUCGCCCGUGCUCUGGUUCUACGCGCCGGACUUCGACGCCGAGCAGAUCGGGCAGUUCCUCGCUAAGUACGCGGAGAGCGGCUUCGAGAGCGUGUGGUUCGCCAGCGCCUUCAAGGGCACCACGGGCCCGGCCCAGGCCUGGCCCCCCCUGAGCCACCACCUGAGGAACCACCUGAGCUGGCUGAAGGUGGUGGAGGCCAUGCCGCGCUUCCCCUCCCUGCGCCUCCAGGGCAUCGUCCUCACCGGCUGGCAGAGGUACGACCACUACUCGGUGCUGUGCGAGCUGCUGCCCGUGGGCAUCCCGUCGCUGGCCGUGUGCCUGCAGACCCUGGUCAACGGGGGGUUCACCGAAGCGACGAAGAGGAAGGUCCUGGACGUGCUGGGCUUCAGCAGCAUCCAGCUGGAGCAGAGCACCUGCGAGGGCACCGGCACUUUCCCCGGCGCCGAGCUCUACCGCAUGGUCGAGCGAGUCAACAGCCACUUGAAGGAGAGCGUGGUUAAAGUCCUGGAGGAGGAGAGCGCCGUCAAGGGCUGGUUCAGCCCCUACCACCGCAAGCGCCGCUUCGGCAACCCGCGCAACCUGGAGGCCUUCGGCGGCAGGCUGCUCAAGCUGCACGAGGACUGGGAGGGCUUCGUCCGCGAGCUGCGCGCCCAGCUGGAGCGCCUCUACUUCCCCGACGCCGUGCAGGAGUGGCUGGAGGAGAACGUGGACCCCUACCUGGACCCGCUGCGGGACCUGGUCCGCGACUACCGCGCCGUCCUCCGCCUCGACGCCCGCCCCGAGGAGCCCUAGGGGCUGCAGCCGGGGGUCCCGCGGGGGUCCUGCGUUGUGCUCAGCGCGGCAGGAUCCCACCGGGCCCCGGCGCUGGGCAGGGUGCAGGGUGCAGGUGCACCGUCCCCGCACGGGCUGGGCUCCGGGCAGCGAGCACGGUGCAGCCCCGGGGCCGGCGGGCGCUGGCUGGGCCGGUGUCCGGUGUCCAGGGCUGGUGGUGGUGGUGGUGGGUGCCCUCCACCCCUGUUCCGCUCGGCGCGUGGCUGCGGUUGGAUCUGCACUGUGCAGCGGGCUCCUGCGCUACCCCCGCCCCCAAUAAAGUAUUUUCGUAGA